UCGCCUCACCGAGCGGAGGAGCGCUUAGCUCCCCGAGGGAGAGAGGCGAAGGCGGACGCGCCAUGGAGCUGCGGGCCUGGCCGGGUCCACAAACGGACAGCCGGGACGGCGGCGGGCCUUGAGGGUAAAGCGGGAGGCGUAGCCAUCGCGGCUCUUUAAAGGACAUGGCCACCGAGCCGCCUCGGCGUGUGGAGAACCGGGAGGCCGAGCGGUUAGAAGGACUUCCCGGCUCGGCGCCGGCGGGGGCAACGGCAGCAGCGAACGGGAAAGAGGUUGAAGCGACGAUGGGGCUCCUCGACGGCUGCGUGCCGCUUUCUCACCAAGUGGCGGGGCACAUGUUUGGCAAGGAUAAGGGCGGCAUAUUGCAGCAUCCAGAUGGCACUGUCCUCAAACAAUUGCAGCCACCUCCUCGAGGACCCAGAGAGCUAGACUUCUACAAUAAGGUAUUUGCUGAUGGAUGUGAAGACUCUGUGUUUCUUGAAUUACAAAAAUACUUGCCAAAAUAUUAUGGAACCUGGUCAUUGCCUACUGCACCAAAUGAUUUGUACCUGAAACUGGAAGACGUGACACACAGGUUUAAGAAACCAUGUAUCAUGGACGUAAAAAUAGGCCAGAAAAGCUAUGAUCCAUAUGCUUCAGAAGAGAAGAUAAAGCAACAAAUCGGCAAAUAUCCACUAAUGGAAGAGAUUGGGUUUUUGGUGCUUGGCAUGAGGGUUUAUCAUGCACCUACUGGCAGCUAUGAGACACAGAACCAGCACUACGGAAGAGGAUUAACAAAGGAAACUAUAAAAGAUGGUGUGGCUCGAUUUUUCUAUAAUGGAUUCACCCUGAGAAAAGAUGCAAUAGCAGUUAGUAUUGAAAAGAUUAAAGAAAUCUUGCACUGGUUUGAAAACCAGAAGCAGCUUAACUUUUAUGCAAGUUCUUUACUAUUUGUCUACGAUGGUUGGUCUCCUUGGUUAAAUGAUGGCUGUCUGGUUGAGAAGAACAAAGUAGCCGAGGACCAAGUGCCAAGUGAUAGUAUAGAUAACACGUUGGAAUGCAACAACAAUAUUCAUAUCAUCAAUGCCUCAGAAAUGGGGGAGGUAGAGACUUCAGAUGGCAAAGAUUUUUCUAAAACGUAUACUUUUCACAACAGGCACCAGAAUCAGUUUUUGUUAAGGGACCAUCUAUGGAAGCGCAGUUCUUGCUUUUCACAAAAACAUUUGAACGGAAAUGUUAUACCUCAGCUGGAAAAAGUUUUCAGCCAAAUGCCCACGUCUCUUCCAGGAAAUGGAGAAGUUGAAGUCCGGAUGAUAGAUUUUGCUCAUGUAUUCCCUAGCGAUGUGCGAGAUGAGGGCUACAUCUAUGGGCUGAAAAACUUAAUUACUGUCCUUCAGAAUAUUUUAGAUACUUAAAUUUUUGCAGUGAUUUUUACUGAGGGCCAAAUAUAAUGAAAAGCAACAACAUUUCUGCACUUGUGAUCCUUGGUUUAUAUUAUUCUACAUUUUCUUGUCUUUAUACUUUUGGUAGAAUUACCAGGUAUUUUAUAAUGUUACUCAGGAAAAUUAUUCUGUAAUUAGUAAAAGAAAAAGCUAAUGAGACUUAGCUGGUAGUAAUAGGAAUUACAUUUAACAGACAAAGCCUAUCUGAUAUUGGAUAUAUCUUGCGUUGGUUGAAAUGACUGAGUUGUUUUACAUUCUUACAUAUUUUAAUUGAAAACCCGUCAUGCAGCCAUAAUGUUGAGCCAUAUCUCUCAUGGAAUACUAGAAAAUCAUUAGAGAAUACUAAAAUCAGAAUUUAAUAGACCAUUUAGGAUGAGGGGGUACCCAUUAAAUCUAAAUUUAUAUCACUUUUGUAAAUUUACAUUGUUUGCAUAAUUACAUAUUUGACAAAUGACAUUAGUAGUAAAAUAAUUUAACAGAAAAAUCUUUCAUUUGACCAAAAAAACCCAAAACCCUGCAUGGGAGUCUGAACAGAAAGUUAAACCAUUAUUUCAAAAGUCCAUCAAACUGAGGUCCAUUAAACUAAGAGUUUACUGUAUUAUUCUUGAGUAUUUGAUAUAUUUUUAAAACUGGAGCUUAUAAUAUUUUUAAGGAAUACAUAUUUAAAAUCUAUUCUAGUUUAACAUAUUUUUUAAAUGAGAGAUAAUCAUGUUCUGCAUUAUUAAACUUAGGUAAAGGUGUUAAUCUUUUCAUGGCCGAAUAUUCUUAUAAAUGUAACACUUCCCCUUUAAAUUUAUGAAAAAGAAAUGAGCCAUAUAAAGAAAAGCUUGCAUUUUGGAGGUUCUAUUAGAAAAUGAAUAAUCAAAAGUAGUUUUAGUUAUUGGAAAGGGGGUGCAAAAUUUAGUCUAAUGUCCGAAGCUACUUUUUAAAUAAAUUGGUACUCAUUGUGCAGGUUUGGAUUUGCAAAUGGAAUGAUUGGAUUUGCUUUGCAGAAGAAAGAUGAAUAUUGUAAAAAGCUUUUUUUGGAGGAAAGGAUAACAAAAUAGUGAUUUUCAUUUAACUCUUUUCCCUAUUUCAUUCCUAAACAAUAUGGGAAGUGAUGCUGGGGAUUGUAGAGAAAAGGAGGAAUUCAUAAAAACUGUCCUUACAUUUAUUUCCUUCAGUUCAAUAGAACUUUGUGCUGAUAUGAAUUCAAUUUUAAACUGGUGCAUGGUAGAUGGUAAAUAGCAGUAGUUUAAAUUUUACAUUUAUAUUUUAUAUUCCAAAUGUGUUAUAUAAAUCUUUAUUAAGUAGUUUUGUUAUAGGUUAUAAAGGAAGCCUUAAUAAUACCAGAUAUUCAAAGUUAAUAUUAAUUUAAGAGUGAUCACAAGAAUUUGGUCUUCUGACAGUAAUUUAAGCCAUAUUGUUGAAAAACAAUUGCUAUGCGAAAUUGUCCCAAUCAGUUUCCUUGAUCAUUGGUAGCUUAUUCUGUUGUAGUUUCUCAUUAACGGUUAUCAGUUAAUUUGGCUACAUAUGUAUACCUGGUGCAAACUGGGAAUGUUUCCUUGUAGGCCAGUAAGAAUACAUAAUUUUACAUCUUUCAGGCAAUGACUUCUGUGUUUCAUAGUAUUUGUAGUGCAAUUAUUCUUUUGCUAAUAGUUUAAGGUUCUGGAAUAGUGAGCACUCAACAUCUAAUUUUCAAGUUUUGUAAUUGAGUCUUUACAAUAUAUUUAAUGUCAAUAUGUUUUCUUUUGGAAAGUAAACUGUAAAUUGGAAGCUAGGGAGAGUUGGUUACAGUUACCCAAGUAACCUCUCAUUUUUUAUCUAAUGAAAAACAUAUUCCAGUUAUUUUUAUUGUCUGCCAGUGUUUAAACAAUGUUGUGAAAUAAACAUUUUGCAAUUUUCAUAUGUGAACAAAUCAAAAACCUUAUCUAGAAUAGUUUGGUUUCCUAGACCUUACUGGUUUAAUUCCAUCACUUGCAUUUGCUGUUUUUAAGAAACCUUGUAGUGUGAUGUUCCUGGAAUAUAUAAAUGUAAAACUAAUCUUUAUAUUUCAUUUUCUGUCCUAAUCCUCCAUUUUAUUCCAUAUUUACAACUCUGUCUAUAGAGGAUACAGAUGGAAUCCUUUGUAGUCACAUUAAGGUGGAGUUCUCAGUUUUCUCCAUUUAACUGCUUGCUUCUAAUUGAAGUUAAUUUGACAGCCUGCAUGUCAAGAGUCUGUAAAAUAACAAUUAUUUUGAGCUUCAGAUUUAAGUCUGUAGAUAGAGCAAUGAGUAUUUUAGUAUCUGAUCUAAACUAUGUUCAAAUUAAAUUACAUUUUUUGGAAGGAAGAUUUCUAACCUCCUUAGGAAUAGAUAUAAAUAACAACUAAUGAUAAACUACUUUGUAGCUCUCCAAACCCCUGACUUUGACAAGUUUGUCCUUACCACUAAGGCAGAAUCUUAAAUAUUGCUUCGAAUGAGAUUAUGAAGAUGCUUCCUUACAAUAUAUGAAAAAUUAUGUACAAACUAAUAUAAGAAUUUUAAUUGUAUUUUUUUUUUAUAGCCAAACAGUUUCAUCCUUGGUAUUUUGGAUAUUUUGCUUCUUGUUGCAUAGAUCUAUUUAAAACUAUGGUGUUAUGAAAUGUUAAAACUAUUUUAUCUAACUAAUUUUACAGAAUUAUGCAGUUGUGUAUAAUCAUGUUUCACAUGAAAGGCAUAUAUUGAGAUGGGAAUUAUUUUUGUUGUACCGGAAAACCGAGCUUUCUGCUUAUGUUACCAUCCCAUAAUAGAUGGAUUACAUUUUAGGAAGGGACUAUUUUCUGUUAAUGUGCACCUAAUACAAAACUUGGUAGAUUAUAGCCUUGACUCCAUGCAUAUCUGAAAGUAAGUCCUCUGAAAUAUGCAGUAGUCAUUAUAAUAUUUAAGCCCCUGUCUGAAAUAGUAGAAUUAAAGUUUAUAUAAAAAUAUGUGAUCUUUAUCAGAGUGGAAAGUACUGCCCAAGUUUUGAGAGAGAGAAAAAGACAUCAGAUACUAGUUUAGAAAGCGAAAAGGGCACAACCACUAAGUCUUUCAUGUAAACCAUUUUCGAGUGGUUUAUAUUACCCUUUUAAAGGACUGCCGCUAGUAUAAAUAGUCAUUCCUUUUUAUCCAAAUUAUUUUUAAAUUAACAUUAUUUGCAAUAAUAUCCCCUACUGAGUGCCUUCUGCUUCAUGUUUGGUACCAUUUAAAUGACAUUAUACAACAUCCAGGGUGACAGAAUGGAAUGCUUUAAUUAAAAGCUUGAAUAUCGUAAUACCCCAACAAUAGUUAGGGAACACUUAUAAUAUUUUAUAUUUAUCCUAAAACCAUUACUGCUGGUAAAAAUUCUGUUUCUUUGAUUAUGAAUUGUGUUUACAAACCCACAAAUUAACCACAUAUUCAGGAACUAAAACUCUUCAUCCUGCCAGUUGUAGGGCUCAGGGGAGGUUGCAUGGGACUCUGUUUACAGUACCAUCAGAGGCAGUGACAUCUGUAGCCAUAGCAAUUUGGGAGUAGCACAUCUGACAGAAGGGAAACUUGGAUGUGGAACUGACAUAUUUCCCCAUCCUUAGUUGGAUCUCUCUCAUACCUGCCGAGGAUACUUCAAAACCAGAAACUUAAUACACAAUCAUAUGGAACCCCACAGCUGGUUGAUGCUCAAUUAGAUUGAGUUGAUUUAGAAUUUUUGGUGAGAGGGAUUUCCAUCCUUGUGACUAUGAAUAGGCCUUUAGAUUUAUGAACCUAGCUGAUGAAUAUGAACCUCCACAUCAUGCCUGGUGAACAGUUUGAACGUAAACAAGUUUGUAGAUUAAGCAGGAUUGUUUUAUAAUUCACACUGAAUUGAAUACAUUUUUCUCUCUCCUUGAAGUGUAAUUCUUACAAAUCAUCUCCCUCGAGAAGCUUUAUAUCAUUUUUUUUUCUUGUUUCUGUACUAACAUUUUUUACUGGCAAAUCAUUGCAUUCAGUUGUAGAAUGAUGGGCCAUUCAACUGUGAAAUAUUACUCCAUUAACAUAUCUACAAGCUACAUACUGCACACUUAUAAUUGUGACUUAUGAUUCACUGAAAAGUUUAUGCACAUUUAAAACUUCCAUACUAUGAAUAGUCAUAUUAAUCCUGCCUUUUUUUUUAAUAUAAAUUAAUUUAUUUGUCCUUACUUUUGUAGGAAUGGCUUCUUUGUAUUUAAAAUUGUUCAUUAUGUUAAAUCUUGAUAUAUAAGUUAGCAACAGGAAAGAGAAAGCAACAGUGAUAUUGGGAACAAAUAUAUUUUUUACACAUUGUUAAAGUGGUAUGCUUUUGAAACAUAAUAUGUAUUGGCACUGGAUAGAAAAUCCUGGCUGAACUGACAUUGAAUUAAAACAUCCAAAUAUGAUGAUAUUGCACAUCUUACCAUGAAUGAUAUAAGUAACAUAAGCACUUUAAUAUUGUGGGAACUGUACUGGAAAAUACAUGGAAACACAUGAAAUUGCACCUAUAGCUACUGUAUAUUAAUUUUCAGUUUGUGAUGGGUGGGUGAAAGGGAGAACUUUACUACUUUAAGUGUAUUGUAUCUGAAUGAAUGUAUUUAGUCUGAUCUCAUUUAUUUCUUAUUCAAGAAGCUUGGAUUGUGUUGUGUGUUAUUCUUUAAUGGGGUGUUUGUAUUAUAAAUAAUAAUUUAGGUGGGGGAUAUUACAGAAUUACAGAGAUAUGUUGGUUACUUUAUAGUUUAAAAAAGCCCUAUUAUGCUAUAUAAAGCAAUCAUUUUGUAAUUUAUGCGAUAUUUAGGUAAUUCUAACAGCUGUAUAUUUGGCUGACUAUUAAAAUUUCUUUAAUUUAA